CAGCAUGUCUGUCCCCGGCCCCCUCCCGCGCAGAGUGUCACAACAGCGGAGGCGGCUGUAUCUGGAGCAGUUGGGGUGGGCAGGCCCGGCUGCGAGGCGAGCCGGUGAGGAGAGCAGCCAGGAUGCGGGAAUGCAUCUCCGUCCACGUGGGUCAAGCAGGAGUGCAGAUCGGCAAUGCCUGCUGGGAGCUCUUCUGCCUGGAGCACGGCAUCCAGGCGGAUGGCACCUUUGGUGCCCAGGCCAACAGGAUCAACGAUGAUGACUCGUUCACCACCUUUUUCAGCGAGACGGGCAACGGGAAGCAUGUGCCCCGGGCGGUGAUGGUAGAUCUGGAGCCCACUGUCGUAGAUGAGGUUCGGGCAGGAACCUACCGCCAGCUGUUCCAUCCGGAGCAGCUGAUCACGGGCAAGGAGGAUGCAGCCAACAACUACGCCCGGGGCCACUACACAGUGGGUAAAGAGAGCAUCGACCUGGUGCUGGACCGCAUACGGAAGCUGACAGAUGCUUGCUCUGGCCUGCAGGGCUUCCUGAUCUUCCACAGCUUCGGGGGAGGCACUGGCUCUGGCUUCACUUCUCUGCUGAUGGAGCGCCUCUCCCUGGAUUACGGCAAGAAGUCCAAACUAGAGUUUGCUAUCUACCCAGCUCCCCAGGUGUCCACUGCAGUGGUCGAGCCCUACAACUCCAUCCUGACCACCCACACCACCCUGGAGCACUCCGAUUGUGCCUUCAUGGUAGACAACGAAGCCAUCUAUGACAUCUGCCGCAGGAACCUGGACAUCGAACGCCCCACCUACACCAACCUCAACCGCCUCAUCAGCCAGAUCGUGUCCUCCAUCACUGCCUCUCUGCGCUUUGAUGGGGCUCUCAACGUGGACCUCACCGAGUUCCAGACCAACCUGGUGCCCUAUCCCCGCAUCCACUUCCCACUGGUCACCUAUGCCCCUAUCAUCUCUGCAGAGAAAGCCUACCAUGAACAACUCUCUGUGGCUGAGAUAACCAGCUCCUGCUUUGAGCCCAACAGCCAGAUGGUGAAGUGUGACCCAAGACAUGGCAAGUACAUGGCCUGCUGCAUGUUGUACCGGGGGGACGUGGUACCCAAGGAUGUGAAUGUUGCAAUUGCUGCCAUCAAGACCAAGAGGACCAUCCAGUUUGUAGACUGGUGCCCCACAGGCUUUAAGGUUGGCAUCAACUACCAGCCUCCCACUGUGGUCCCUGGCGGAGACCUGGCCAAAGUGCAGCGGGCUGUGUGCAUGCUCAGCAACACCACGGCCAUCGCCGAGGCCUGGGCCCGCCUGGACCACAAAUUUGACCUGAUGUAUGCCAAGCGGGCCUUUGUUCACUGGUACGUGGGUGAGGGCAUGGAGGAAGGAGAAUUUUCUGAGGCCAGAGAGGACCUGGCUGCCCUGGAGAAGGAUUAUGAAGAAGUGGGGACUGACUCAUUUGAAGAAGAAAACGAAGGGGAGGAAUUUUAAAUAUACACGAUCCCCUUGGCUGUGUCUCUUUAUUUCCGCUGCUCCAUUGCAAGCACAUUUCACACCCAAGAGUAACCCUGGGCUGACAGGAGGGAGGGUAUCCUACGCCAGCACCCAUGGGUGACUGGGUCAGAACUGGGGGCUCAGCUCUGGGAGACCCUCCCUUGGGGAAGAGCAGUUUUGUGUCACUAAAGAAAAUGAGAGUCGUGGUCUCUGGAUUGGGGGGGAAGCCGAGUUACAUGUGGGAGGAGGCAUCAUCAGGGUUUUCAAUUCCAGAUGAGGCUGUGUCCACCUGAAAACAUAGUCUGCGGCCGGGGAAUGGUAAAAUACACAGGGCAGGGAAAGAUCUGGGCUUC